GAAGAGAAUGUCCGACAAAGUUGUCAAAGCAGUGGUUUUAUUUUAUUUUUGUUGCUUGUUAUUCCAAUAAUGCAAUGGAAUAAAUAAAGGACGGAAGCAUAAUUUGAUAGGAAAGGAAUCCCAGAUUUUCGAGUGUUAUGAGUAAUAAGCAUAAUACUAGGAGCUGUUUCCUGAUGGUAGCAUGACUGACCCACUGAAGCCAGUUGUGGUAGAACUUCAUCCAAAUUUGACUGUACAGAGAAAUCCUGGCCAUGUUCAGAAUGUUACAGUUAUUAUUGAUGCAGAAGGUCAUUUGAAGGUGUUACCAGAAAUACCUAGUGCUGAAGUCGGUGAAACACAGUCUAGUGGAGACGAUAAAACAUGUCAAGAUUUGUGUAAAACAGAACAGUUCAGUAUGUGUCAGCAGCAGCUUGUUGUUAACAACAAUCAAAACUUCGAAGACAAUCUGUGGAUUAAGAAGGAACCAAUAGAUACAUACGACAGCCCACCAGGUGGAGACACUGCAGAUUGUGAUAAUAUUCCAGAAUAUCGGAACUCCGGUGAGGUGAACCAAUGGAUAAAGAACGAACCAGUAGAUAUCAUCGACAGAAAGCCAGAUUUAAACAGUAUUAAUAACUACCAUUCCACAGAUGAUGAUUUGUAUGGACAACAGAAUGAUGAGGUAGAAUCUAACUGUCUUGGGGAGAGAAUCUAUCUCCCGUACAACACGAAACUAGUUGAAACUGAUGAAGAAACUGAUUCCCUGCCAGAUGCUGUUGAUCCCAUUCUCUCCGAAGAUGAACUGAAGCCCAAGAGAAAAUAUGCUGUACUGACAUUGUCAAGUGGAGAACGCAUGGCUAUUCCUGUUCUUAAUGUACCUGGGAACCAACAUGCAUUUCAACGCUUCACCAGUGACAGUAACAAGAACGUUUUGGAUUGGAACUCAAAUGCAGCUGUUCAUCCCUGUAUAUUAAAAAAGAACAUAUGGGCAACAGAGAAUGGUCUGACAGUAGCUUCAAGUUUCACCAAGAGCAACUGUCAAAGACAAGAAGAGAAGAUGAUGUGUUACUGGAGACUACCACCAAGGAAGAAACCUGUCAGUGUUACUGCUUUGCUUAAUCGGCACAAAAACUGCCUGAAAGUUGCCAUUAUGAAAAAGAAGUCCAAUUUAGAGAAAAAAAUUCAGCAAGAAGUUAAUAUGGAGGUAAAUAAUAUAAUCAGAGAACAUGAAUUUUUGAAGAGAGAGGAUGAGAAAAGACAACGGCUGCACGAGUCUGAUUCACAGUUUUGUUCCAUAUGUAAAAAUCCCAUCGAUGAAACUGGACUGUAUGUGGACUGUGACCUUUGUUCCUCCUGGUUCCAUGGGUCGUGUGUCGGCAUCACUAACAUGAAGCUCCAGGUUAUUGAAGCGUUCCUCUGUAACGAGUGUAAGGAGCAGCAGGAUUCCACGUAUCAACAGUUACACUGUAUUUGUAAAACACCACUUGACGACGGAAAGUUUUACGUAGGCUGUGAUCAAUGUCAGGGAUGGUUCCAUGGAAGUUGUGUAGGCGUCACUGAAAAAAUGGCAAAAAGAAUAGAUUCCUACACAUGUCCACACUGUCUGUCCAGAAAGAAAACAACGAAGAGGAAACACUACUUGAAUGAUUGCGACUACGAGAGGCUGUGGGAUCUAGUUUGUAAUUUACAAAAUCACAAAAUGGCAAAAACACUGAAAGCUACAAAUGUCACAGCAGAAAAUCCCAAUGGUGCUCUUAUUGAAACACAAACUAUAGAUCUAAGUUUAGUGGAACGAAGACUGGUUUUAAAACAUUACGAAACUCUGAGUGAGUUUGUCCACGACAUGACGACCAUGUUUCACAACUGCCGAUUAAAGAACCCAAGUGAAUCUGCAGUGUAUCAGUGUGCAGAAAUUCUAGAAUCUUUCUUUGUGCAAAAACUGAAAUCAUUAAAAAUUAAAUGAAGAGAUUGUUUGUCAUUUCCGAAACACUAACCGUACCUACUGCUUAAAAACCUUUACAGUCUAGACUCAAAACUCUCUCCUAACCCCUCUCUCUCCUUCCCUACAUCUCUUUCUUUCUUUUCUCUCUUCUUCCCUUCCUUCCACUUCCCCCUCUCUCCCCCUUUCACUCUCUUUGUCACUCUAUCUGUCGCUCUGUUUUGUGAACAAUAAUAUAAACUUCCACUACCUGCUGUUUGUAUCGUCAGUACUUUAUUAAAGCAUCAACUCUAGAGUUUUAUAAGUACAGGCCUGUUUAUUGUUCAGUUCAUUCAGAAGAACGAUUGAUGAAUAUUAUUUUAAAAAUGACUGCAAAUGUAAACAGUUUAGUUCACAACUACAUGUACUUGGAAACCAAAUGUGUACUAGUGGAUAUUGUUAGGAAUAAAAAUGUUAACUUAAUUUGAAUCUAUCCACCGAAUUUAGGGAAAUUAGAACCAAAACGGUUUCUAUCACUGAGUAUGAAAGGUACAAUUGCGUACCUUAAGAUCUUGGAAAUUAAUAGAUAUAAAGGAUACUCCCGAGUGUCUUUGUGAUAUCAUGAUUUAUCAGCACAGUAUGAAAAUUGAGGCUUGCCGAGGAUUUUUAUACCUUUUUUUUUUAUCCUGCAAGCACUUUCUAUUGACAGUUUAUGAUGAGCGCUUAAAGCAAAAUCAUAAACGUAUACUAGCAGAUUAUGACUUUUGAUGUCACUCCUAUGACGUCACAUGUAUAGCUAUAUUACAAAAUUGUUCAUUUGACCUCUAGGUCAUCUUACAAUGUGGCAGAAAUAACAGAAAUAAUAGCUUUCCCCUUAAUGUUUAUGGUCUGCAGGAUAAAAAUAAUAACUAGUUACUGAUGUUGGAUAUCUGCUUUAUCCUAUUCAGGCCGAAAUAGAAAUUCCGCUUGGCAGAGGCUCGCAGAAUUUCCCAUUCUUACCUUCACAGGAUAAAGCAGAUAUCUGACGUCGUUAACUAGUUAUUCUCUAUAUCAAAGAGUAAUGAUAAAUUAUGAUAUCACAAGACACGAGGGGGGUAUUCUUUUUUUCAUCCAUUAUCAUUCUUUUCAUUUACCAAAAUUGUAAACAAGGUCAGUAAUGUGGGUUGAAUGUCACUAUAUUUGGCAGCAGUAGACUCGUUUACUAGCAGAACGACGUGGCGUGACGUCACUAAUGAUAGGUUUUGCACUGAAACAUACAGUGAUGUAGCAAAAGAAGUGUAUCUCCUUGGAGAAUAUUGCAGGAGAUGACCUUAAUUAUAGUGCCUACGAAAGCCUUUAAUGGAUGAUAAAUGUUUUUAUAAUUUUUAUAAAUAAUAAUAUUAAGAGAACUGCUGUUUAUAAUUUGUCAAAGCGCAUUAAAGGCAGUGUUCAGUUUCAACAGAUUUCAAACCCAUGACCACCUACGUGACCUAGUAUUAGCAGUUAUGAUCUGUUUUGUUUUGUUUUUAUUACAUACCCUCAAAUUAUUUUCUGACACAAGACCUAACUAAAUGUCAAAAAAUUUAAAUUACUUUAUUAUUGAAUAUUUGAGUAUGAUCUGGUGCUUUUAUCGUGUUAACUUUGUUUCAUCAUCUUCUAGUUGUAUCAAGCUCAUAAGCCUGUCAAGCUAUGUAUAUGCAGACAUCUUACACUGACUUAUAUUUCUGAAUUGGUGAAAUGAAAGUAAAACAUCAAUCAGCAGUCAUUACAUUGUUACACUUGACUGAAUGUUUUGGUAUUGGAAAUCUAAUUGAGAGUUGCUAAUUUACACAAGACCGUAUAAUAGAUACUUAAUACAGGCAGAUAUGCAGGGGGUUUUCAGGGGUCAACCCCCCCCCCCCCCCCCCUGCUCAUUAAAUGAAUAUAUAUAUAUAUAUAUAUAUAUAUAUUCCGGGGAAGCAUGAAUCAACCUCUGUAUAAACUUUGUUCACCAAUCUGGACACCCCUGCAUAAUUUCCUGCACACGCGCAAUUUACAACUUGAUUGCCCAUCGUCCUGUGCAGAAUGUUUAAACCAAUGAUUAAUUAUAAAUGUUUUAUUUUAUUUUCAAUUCAAGCAUUUCUGCAGACUUUUACUGAAACUAAAUUCCUGUGUAUGGUUUUACUAAUUAUAUUGUACUUGUAUUCUUUUCUAAAAUGAUAUGAUUGCAUCAAUGCAUGUGUUUAUUUUAAAUAAGUAUUGUGAUACUGUCUGAAAAUAAUAUGUUGUUAUUAUUUUGGAUUAAUACAAAAGUAUUAAUAAACUGUUGAAAUAUUGUG